UCUACUUCCGCAAAGUUGGAGACUCUGCUGCGGAAAGGAACUGGUUCUAUCCGGUUUGCAAGGACUGAAUUCUGUAAAAUAAUCGAUUCUGGAGCGAGUAAUUCGGUGGAACUUACAUAGAUACGGUUAAUGUUUUUAAAGGAAGGUUAUUUAGUGAAAAAAAAGGAAGAUGGCGUUUGGUAAAAAGAGGUUCGUUCUUUGGUGUUGGUGCGCCUCGACUGAGCCGCUGCCGUGUGGGCCGUUCAAGUGGAACUACGGCUGAAAACUUGGAACGUCUUCUGUUCGACGACCGACUGGAUUCUUCUUGAGGUUUAAAUGGCGGGUGGUACCAACGUGAAGGUGCGACCAACUGGAUUGUUUGGAGUCUGGGUUUUUCGCAUAGACUGUAAAUUCUUAUAUACAGUCUAUGGUUUUUCGACUAAGGUUUUUUUGUGCUCUGUUGGAUGAAAGGGGGGCAGGACAGUCCACGGCACGCCCUCUCCACAAGGCAAUGUAAGGUGCAUGCGCCGGUGUUUCCUCUGAGUAGCAGUCACCUAACUGCGCAGAUUGCCAAGAAAGACAUAAAGUGAAUAUAUUUUGGGAGCAUAAACUCUGCGUGAAGGAAGCUGAAGAUGUGCUGGAAAAUCCUUUUCCUGUUUGCAUCUUUCCAUGUCCUCUCCACAGUAAAGGACUCAUCUCUCAGAAUUCCUGACAACUUCACGUGUUACAACUCAUCUGACCCAGCCGCCCUGAAUGCCUCACUGCUGUACAACGAUCUUUCCGACAUAGGGGAGCUCUGGAAUCGAGACGAUCUGCAGAAACCUCUUCCCUUUUGCUCUGAUAUCUGGAACCUUUUGUCAUACCACACUUGUGUGGUCUGCAGAGACAAGCAGGUGUUUGCUGUUUGUCAGAGCCUGUCUGAAAGUGCAGAUCUACGGAUGGAGGAUUCAUCAAGAGCCAUCAGAAUCUCCAGAUGUGCUUGUGAUCAACUAGACAACAAAGCUGAAAUUCCAACCACUGCUCCAACACCUGCUGAAACCCAACUGCACUGGUCCAUCCCCACAGCUGUCUCCAUCAUCAUUUUGCCAGCAGUUGUCUCCAUCAGCGUUUAUUGUUUUAGGAAAAGAAAAUCAAAAGACAAACAAGACCCAGAAGCUGCUUUUAAGACAUUUCUGAAGGGUGGAGAACUAACAGAUGGGGUGAAGAUUCAGAAAAUCCAAAACUUAUGUGUUUGAUAACUACUGAUCUGUUUGUGGUUUCUGUUGUGUUCACGUUUACCUGGCGAAGUCUUUGUUUACUUAGUUUUUAUUUGUUUUUUAUUCAAUUCUAUGUAUAUGAUCCAAAUUACACAACACUGUAGUCUCAACAGGCUUUACUCUGGUAAUUGUCUAAAAGGAUAAAAUCUAAAUCAUAUCUGAAACUAAACUAAACUAAGCAUCCCUGCCCUUAGACCCCGAGGAAAAACUCCUGCAAAAAAAAAAAGGAUUCUGAAAAAAAAAAAAA